AAAGUAAAGAAUGCGUGUAAAAUGAUAAUUGAUUUGACCCAAUUUUUUUUAAUCCUCGGAUAAUCAAGAAUAUAUCCAAAUUCCCCAAUCUUCCGUCUAUAAAUCACCGAAAGGUCCAAUUACCAAAACCACUUUAGAAUAAAGUCCCCAUAUCCAAGUUUCGACCGUCCAUAACUAAAGUACAGAAUCUUUUGAACAUUUUCUUCAGAAUCUUGUCGUAAAUUCAUGGCAGACUCAUUCGGGAACAACCAUCCUCCCACACAGCCUACGCCAGCUCCCACCGCGGUUCCGGCGGCUACUCCGCCAAUUGAUGAGGAUCAGGCCAAGUGGGGCACUCGUAUCAUGGGUCAACCAGCAGCUCCAACAACUCAUCCAGACAAUCAGAGGGCCGCCUCAUGGGUCAAUCAGCACCACCCCUAUGUUGUUUACUCACCUGUGGACAAGCCUAGCGAGAACCCUUGUGAAUCUGUGAUUCAUAUGUUCAAUUCUUGGAGCCAUAGAGCUGAAACUGUAGCAAAGAACAUCUGGCACAAUUUGAAAACUGGACCAUCGGUUUCAGGAACUGCAUGGGGAAAACUUAAUUUGACAGCAAAGGCGUUGACUGAAGGGGGAUUUGAGUCUCAUUACAAGCAGAUAUUUGCUACAGAUCCAAAUGAGAGGUUGAAGAAGACCUUUGCUUGUUACCUUUCAACCUCAACAGGUCCUGUUGCCGGAACUCUUUAUUUGUCAACAGUUCGAGUGGCCUUCUGCAGUGAUUGUCCCUUGUCCUUUAGAGCUCCUUCUGGGCAAGAAACUUGGAGCUAUUACAAGGUUAUGAUACCUUUGGCAAACAUUGCGAAUGUGAAUCCUGUUGUGAUGAAACAAAAUCCACCAGAAAAAUAUAUUCAGAUUGUGACAAUUGAUGGGCACGAGUUUUGGUUCAUGGGAUUUGUCAAUUUUGAGAAAGCAUCGCAUCAUCUCUUAGACAGCGUUUCUGAUUUCGGAGUUCGUCAAAAUGCUUCAAUACCCAUCACAAGCUAGCUAGUGUGUUGUACAUUACUUUUGAUGCGGCCUUAGCUUAUAUGCGUGCUUUUUUUUUUUUUUUGGUUUGUUUGCUUUUAUUCCUUUCGUUUCGUUUGUUUGAUACUAUGAGGAGUGUGUCAUUGUGUCCUAGUUACAGAGCAGUUUAUAUAAAGUUGAAUGAGUUUUGUUUGUUUA